AUCACAAAGCUUAUAUAAAGGCAACGUCGCAGUUCCGUAUCAGUAAUUUCAGCAUAAAUUUUGCGAAUGGUGGUGUCCUGUGAGCAUGACCACUUAUACUGACAAAGGACCGAAGCCAGAAAACGGGAAAUUUUUAUACUUUGACCAUUUGACUUUCUACGUGGGUAACGCCAAACAGGCCGCUUCAUAUUAUGUAACCCGCCUAGGAUUCCAGCCUGUUGCAUACAAAGGGUUGGAAACCGGAAGCAGGAAGUACGCUUAUCAUGUAGUCAGACAAAAUCAGAUCGUAUUCGUCUUCGUGUCUUCAUAUGAAUCUAAUGAUAAGGAACAUGGCGAUCAUCUUAUGAAGCACGGGGAUGGUGUUAAGGAUAUCGCGUUUGCAGUGGAAAAUCUUGACGCUAUAAUUCUGAGGGCUAAAGCAAAAGGUGCCACAAUCGUGCGUGAUAUUUGGGAGGAGUCUGAUUUCAGCGGAAUUGUGCGAUUUGCAACUAUUCAGACAUAUGGAGACACUACUCAUACUUUUGUGGACAGAAGUUUAUACAGAGGAGCCUUUUUGCCUGGAUUUGCACCCUGUCAAGAAGAUAUUUUAGGAAAACAAUUGGCUCCAGCAAAGUUGGACUUCAUCGACCAUGUGGUGGGUAACCAGCCAGAUGGUCAGAUGGAAUCAGUUGCUAAAUGGUAUGAAAACAUCCUACAGUUCCACAGGUUCUGGUCAGUCGAUGACAAACAAGUUCAUACAGAGUACUCAGCGCUCAGGUCUAUUGUGAUGAGCAACUGGGAAGAAAAUGUGAAGCUGCCUAUAAAUGAGCCAGCCCCAGGUAAAAAGAAGAGUCAAAUCGAAGAAUAUGUGGAAUAUUAUGGUGGUGCAGGGGUACAACAUAUAGCUUUAAAUACUAAAGACAUCAUUACUGCAGUGAAAAAUUUGAAAGCAAGAGGAAUUGAAUUCCUACAAGUCCCCGACAGUUACUACGACAUCCUCAGAGAAAAACUGGAACAUAGCAAUGUGAAGAUAGUGGAAGAAAUGAACAUACUUCAGGAAUUGAAGAUAUUGAUUGAUUACGACGAAAACGGAUACUUGCUACAAAUAUUCACUAAAAAUAUGCAGGAUAGACCCACUUUGUUUAUCGAGGUGAUCCAGAGAAGGAAUCACAAUGGUUUUGGUGCAGGAAACUUUAAGGCUCUUUUCGAAGCCAUCGAAAUCGAGCAGGCAAGAAGGGGAAACUUGUAACUCAAACACUUACACGAAGAAAUAUAUAGUUUAUUAUAGUUUUAAAGUAAAUAUAAGAUGCUGAGUUAAGAAAUAGACUUAUAAACUAGGUACUUUUAAGCAUACUCGUUAAGUUCAAUGAUUGUACGUAAGAUCUUUCAUGUAAUAUUAUAAAAAUGAGGGUUAGGUAUAAAUAUCACAUUACUCAGA